AUGUAAUUAUGAUAUUUAUUUAUUUUUAAUGGAAAUGAAAUACUAUGUCUUACAAAAAUAAUAUACAAUUAAAAAUUUUGUUAGAUUAAUUAGAUUUAUUUUAAUAAAGAUUUCAUCAAUUAUUAAUCUUAUACUUACAGAAGUCUUACUCUGCUGAUAAUAAGAAAUUCCAAGCAUAUAUAUUGAAAAAUAUAAAAUUAAAUAUGAGUGAAGGAAAAUCAAUCUUCCGGUUUUUAAACAAGCAUUUUCAAACGCGCGUGUUUCGUUGCCAGAGAAGCAGAAAGACGAAAUUAUUCAAGAGCCAAUUAUUAAAAUCUCCAUCGUAAGCGAGCCCCUGUUACACUUGGCAUGACGUGGCGUUAACCUACUAUCAAAGGUCAACUUUCAAUAAACAUUCUAUCAAGUGUCAAAGGAAGACCUUUGUGUUUAAGUCAUUCCCAGAUGCGUAUUUUUCCUCGUCUGCGGUUUCUUUUUUUUACUCUUCUGUCUCUGUUUAUCUUCUUUCAGCAACUUCCACGCUGUCGCUGAAUAUAAAUAGUGUCCAUUAUAAGAAUCGGCUCUCCACGGUCUCGAGCUUCCGCAAAAGACGAAGAAUUUCCGACACUUGUUGCUGAAACGCUUUGAUAUCCGCCGAAGACACAUCUUUCCGAGCACGGAGAUACCAGAAAACGUAUCAAGGAACGUUGUUUUGGUUCUUGGGAUUCAAUGUUGACGCGAUUGCUUGUUUCUGGAUGCUACUCCGUCUGAAAAUGAAUGCUCAUGCUUUGGCUGUGGAUUUUCCAGGUCGAGCAAUUGAAUCUCCAACACCGAGUGUCUCCGGAGGAUAUUGUGACGAUUGGUGUCUUCAUUGACGCACAGAAAGUAUAUAGAAUGCAUAAUAUACGUUCAAGUUGCAAUGCUUCUCUAGUACGUAAAAUAAUUCCUUUUAUUAUCAAAGUUACAUUAUUUUGAUUAUAUUAAUAUUGUAACGUUAAUAAUAGCAUUCAAUAUUGCAUCAUAUUAAUGAUGUUAACAUCGAAAAUAUGAAUUUACAGAGUCAGCAGUCUAGGGUAAGAGAUAAGAAAUAGCGAAUAGAGUAUUUCGAAGAAAAACAAAUGUAAUUUUUAAAUCCCUUAUCACGUUAUUAUCCGUACUUAUAGUCUUUUAAAUUUUAAUCUUCCGAUCAAAGAUAUAUAUACGGAUCUCGAAAAUUUAAAAACGACUAAAAAUUAAAACGAUCAGAAUUGUUUUUCUCUGCAAGUCGUUUUAGAACAGUGUGCACCGUAGACGAAAAUAAAACGGUUUGAUAGAUUUCGUCAGACAUGUUGAUACUGAUAUUAAGCGAAGCUACGAGUCAUAGCGAUACGCAUGAUAAGUGAUAAUGUCAAAACAAGCAAGAGCGUAACAGAGAUCGCAUUCGGAUGGAAAAAAGAAGGCUAUGGAAUAAAAUGAGGCUCUAAGCCUCUUAGACUCAUACGCGUCUUAUAUAAUUACACGCAUCACAUAAGACGCUUCUCAUUUUGAUUCGUGCGUUUGGUGCGAGAUUUGAAACGCAGAUUGAAAUUAACGAUUAAAGUAAAAUGUCCUUGUCGAUAACAGAGACGCUUGGAUUGGUCGUCGCUGUUUUUCUCCUGAUUUAUUAUUACUCCGUAUCGAAGUUUGAAUUUUGGCAGAAGCGAGGCGUGAAAGGGCCGAAGCCUAUCCCAUUUUUGGGGAACUUCAAGGAUGUAUUUCUGGGAAGAAGUUCGAUUCACGACUGCUUCGAGAAGGCAUAUUACGAUUACAAGGACGAACCAGUGAUCGGCUUGUAUGCAGGAAAUAGCCCGUUAUUGAUUCUGAGAGAUCCGGAUCUGAUGAAAGAUGUCCUUAUUAAAGAUUUUCCCAAGUUUGCUGAUAGAACGAUUCGUCCUUGUCGAGAGGUCGAGCCAUUAUCGGAACAUCUCUUCAGGCUAGAAGUAGAAAGAUGGAGGCCCCUAAGAAACAGACUUUCCGCUGUCUUUACCUCCGGCAAGUUGAAGGAGAUGUUUCACUUGUUGCUAGAAUGCUCGGAACACUUUGGCCGGUAUUUGGAAGGGAUGAUCGCGAAGGGCGAGCCGAUCGAGUGUCGCGAAAUCUCCGCGAAAUUCACCACGGACGUGAUCGGUUCUUGCGCUUUCGGCAUCGAGAUGAACGCGCUCGCAACAGAGGACAGCGAGUUCCGUAAAAUGGGCAGGAAAGUCUUUCAGACGAGCUGGAAAACGAUGAUCAGGGACAGGUUGAGGGAUUAUCCGUUCUUGUUUAAACUGUUUGGUCGUUUCGUCGUCGAGAUGGAUAUCUCCGAUUUUUUUACCAGAAUCACCAAGGAGAGUAUAGAUUACAGAAUUGAUCACAAUAUACGUAGGCACGAUUUCAUCGACACUUUGGUAGACUUGAAACAGCAUCCGGAUAAAACCGGCCUUCUAGAAAUGGACGAUCUCUUUCUGACGGCCCAGGCUUUCGUUUUCUUUGUUGCCGGCUUCGAAACGUCUUCGCUAACUAUCAGUCAUUUUCUAUACGAGAUAGCAGUGAAUCCGUCGGUUCAAGAGAAAGUUCGAGAAGAAAUUAAGAAUGUCUUGCAAAAGACUAAUGGGGUGGUUACGUACAAUAGCAUAAAAGAGAUGAAGUAUUUGGACGCAUGUUUCCAAGAAACAUUGAGAAAGUAUCCAGUGUUAGUAUGGAUUUCCAGAACAGCGUUAGUAGAUUACACGUUCUCAGGAACGAAAAUUGCCAUACCAAGGGGUCAACAGGUUUUCAUUCCUGUUUACGCGAUUCAAACGGACCCGGAAAUUUAUCCAAAUCCACAAGUUUUCGAUCCUGAAAGGUUCACCGAUAACAACGCGAAAAGCAGACAUCCAAUGUUCUUUUUACCUUUCGGCGAUGGUCCGAGAAAUUGUAUUGGAACAAAAAUCGUUAUAGGAAAGGGUCAGGCUACGCGGGUACGGACGAUCUACGAGAUUCAUCGUGAUUCCAAUAUUUACCCUGAGUCGGAUCUGCCUCGGAUCCCAGGGGUUCAGUUCAAGAACGAGGAUUCCGUGUCAGCAAAUCCGAUGUCCCACCUAGCUGCUUUAGCGAAGGUUCAAGGAACUGCAUCGGUAACGCUGUGAAAAAUCUAUUAUUGUGUCCGGAGGAUCUCUUCGCGUUUUCUGAAAUAUUGGAUUCGUUUGCUUUCACUGAACUCCACGGAUAUACACUCUCUUGUUACGCAAUAGAAUACGUGAGUAGCUUUAUUAUACGUAGUUAUUUCCAAAGAAAUUGUGAAAAUAUAGUGAAAUUACAGUUUCGGGUUUCGUUUCUUUAUUUAUUUAUGCCUAUGAAGAUGGUAAAGAGGCAACGUACAAACAGACAAUUUGUGGUUUUAAUUUUUGACUCGUCGAGUUAAUCUGUAUGGGAUCGAGAUGAGAAGAAUAUUUUUAUAUAGAAUGAAAUAUUUUAUUUUUGUUUCAUUUUAUCGCUGAAAUAGAGACGUACAUAUGGAUAUAAGAAUAAAUAUGUAACGAAAGUUGCGUUGUAAAGACAGUAAAAAAGAUCUUAUGCUUAUGUGGAAUAAGUUUGAACUGCACAGAGAUAAAGAUGAUUCUUAAUUCUCAGAAAGAAAAAAAGAAAAAAGAAAAGAAAAAUAACGCCAUUAGAAGCUGAUAAAAUAAAAGUAAUGUAAAAUAUUGUCUAGGUACUAAUAUCUAGAAGAUAUUAAUUCUCCUACAAUUCAUUAAUAGAUUGUGGAUUCUUAUUUAUAGCGUUAUAAGCUAAUCACAAAUUUUAAUAUUAAAAACUUAGUAAAGUAAAACACUCGAUAACGUCGAUAAUAUAAAUAAUAAUUGUUAAUUAAUUAUCCUGACAUAAUCCGCUGUUCGUGUCAACAUUAUUAUUAUUAAAUAUGACGCGAAAUUAUAAUAUUUAUAAAAUAUUCUCAUAUUAUCUGAUCACUUUAUAGCUUUAGCAGUCAUCAAAAUAUUUUGUGAAAUACAAAUUAUUGUGUAGCUGCAUGUAUUGUGUUAUAAAUUUAACGAAUCUGCUUGAGUUAAAAUUUUGCUCGACAAAUACUUCAAAUGUUACGAUAAUAUAAAGUUCCAUGGGCUUGCGCAUCUUGCAAAGUUUGGCAUAAGAAACACGUGACGUGACAGAAAUAAAAGAGAGAUGAUGAUUCGAGGCCAAGGGGGUUAGAACGAGCAGCUCUUGUCACGGCAUUUCUCUCUUUCUUAAAGCGUUGUUUAGUUUAAAGAAUUCGUGGCACUCGCUUUGGCUAUUUUUCCCGUUGUUUUGUUAAAAACGAGCCAUAAAAUGUUUCCUUCGUUUAACGAAAUAUCGUUCUUUAUUUUCCUCGUUAUUUCCCAUUUCCCUUUCUUACCCUUCUUCGUUCUCUUCGUUUGUCCUUUGUGAACAGGAAAGAACGGAAUAUUUUCAGUUUCAAAUUCGAUCUCGUCUCAUUAUUCAAUUACUUGUAUUCUAUUAAAUGCAUAAUUACAAGGAAGACGUUAGCUCGAAUUUUUAGAUUAGUCAGAGAAUAUCAAUGCUAUGCUUAUAUGCUAUAUUGACAUUCUGUUAGCUUUGAAAAUAUAAAUCCUUAAGAAGUAUCACUCAUUAUAAUAUCUCCUUUGUAGCCUUCGUUUAUUAAUAGGUAAUAAAAGCUUGCGAUCUUCUUAUAUAUAAAUUAAUAGAUUUCAUUAUAAUGAGACUUGUUUUAUAUUAAUAUGUUAACGUAAAUGUACAAUUGACAAAAUUUACUUACGUACUUUUAAUUUUUAUCAAUAGGUCGUGUAUACAACAUCAUCACGCGUAUCUACAUGAACAUUUGUAAGAAAUUAAUUCGAGAAUCUACAAAUUGUGUGUAUAUGUAUCUAUAGAUCGAUAAUCCUUCGAUAUUAUCGAAAUCAUAA